CUUUGUGAAUUGAAUGUAAUGACCAAGAAGAUGGUUUUCGAAAUCUUGAAUUUGGAAUUGUAUUUGAACGAACACAUCGAACUAGCAAAUUAUGUAGUUAAACUCAUGAAAUAUCGAGUGCCAGAACCAAACGAAUCCAAUCUCGGAUUGCAGGCUCAUGCAGAUGCAGGUGUAAUGACGAUUUUGCAUCAAAAUGAUGUUGAAGGAUUAGAGAUUCUGACUAAAGACAAUGAAUGGCUAAAAGUAAAGCUUUCGCCUAACUUGUUCAUAGUCAUGGCCGGGGAGACUUUAAAUGUAUGGUUGAACGGGCGGUUGCAUGUGCCACUUCAUAGGGUUGUGAUGAGAGAAAACAAGACUAGGUUUAGCCUGGCACUUUUUGAAAUACCGAAACCUGGGAACAGCUUAAAAGCCAUUGAAAAAAUGGUGGAUAAUGAUCACCCGUUACUUUUCAAUCCAUUUGACUACGAAGAGUUCAUCAAAUUCCACUUCAGUGGGGAUCCGAGCACAGAGAAGUAUGCCGUAAAGGCCUAUUGUGGUGUUUCCAACUAAAUACUCUCCACAUCAUCGAGCAAGUAUUAGUAUUACCAAAAUAUUUUCCUACUUUUCCUAGUUCAUAUGGCUGCAUGUUUCUCAACUUGCAUGUAAAGAUAGUCCAAUAAUGUAACAUCAUAUAAAUAAUCUUCA